AAUUGGGCGUUUAUGAAAUGCAAUACAUUGCGAUUGGAGGGAUACUGUUACUCGCUGGAUCAUAGAUCGUGUUGGCCUUUCAGCUUUGUAAUGCUAUCAUCCUAUUUUAGUUCAAAUGCACGCCAUUGACCCUAGCGUAGAGGUCUAGGUAUGGUAUUUAAGUACGGGCAAAAGUGCACUGAGCAAAUUCAAUCGCAAGCUCAAAAGUGUCUCGGCGAAUCUACGAAAUUCGACCAAGUUGUCAUUAAAAGACAACCACGAUGUUAUCAAAUCUCCUAUUCAGCCCUCAUACUUCUUGUUAUUGGAGUGAUCUUAGUAGUUUUAUGUCGUCGAUACAUCAAAGACGUGCUGGAAUGGUUACAGAACUUGGAUGAGUGGGUCGGAGCCCUUCUGUUUGUAAUCAUGUUCACAGUUGUUUCUUUUCCCGUGACAUGGGGUUACAUCAUUUUAAACGUAGCAGCUGGCUAUUUGUAUGGAUUUAUGCUAGGAUUCUUUAUUGUUGUGGUUUCUGUAGCGUGUGGCCUGUCGAGUGCGUUCAUCGUUUGUAGGCGAUAUUUACGAGAUUUUGUACGCUCUAAACUGGAAUCCGACAGUCUAAAAGCUAUUAUGCGUGUAGUCGAAGGGAAGCGUGGUUUUAAAGUCAUCGCCCUUACAAGACUCACGCCUGUACCGUUUGGAUUGCAAAAUGGACUCUUUGCGGUAAGACAUUACUACUUUUCCUGUAUUCCAUUCAUGUGAUUUAUAGUACUAUCGAGUAUCACUAUCACAUAUCAUAUCGAUCAUACUACACUAGCAAAAAUAUUGUAAAAAGUCAGGGAAGUUGUUGCUUAUGGUUUUGUUUGAAACUUAUUUUUAAAGUGUAAGAGUCACAGAACCCUAAUCCUUACUCUCUAGUUGCUGUUGCUUAUAUUUAUUUAUUUAUUUUUCCACCGUUAUUUAUUUACAAAGUGCAAACGUACUUGCUUAUUGAUGUACAUGUACUUGAGUCAUGAGUGUGGGCUGCAGGUACCAUUGCUACAAUAUUAUUAUUCAUGUGUGCAUAAUUUGACAGUUAAGUCACCAUCAAAAAUAGGCUUAAAAUCACCUAAUGUUCACUGGGAGAUUCAGGGAAGGGGUUAGCAGGAGGGCUGGGGUGGGGAGGGACAGGGGGGGUGUUGGGCCACAGUGCUGGAUAUUUUGAUUUUUAUUUUAAUAAGGGUUUUACCUGUACUUAUACAGCUUGAAACCUUUUCAUAAUGAAGGGCUGAGGGACUGGCUAAAUUUGUUCACUAUAAUGAGGUUUCAUUAAUAUGUAGAGGUUCUUUUUCAUAUGUUUUACUAUUAUUGAGGUAAAGAAAACCAUUGGUUUAUUAGGAGGACUUCGUUAUAUAGAGGCUUGUUACAUAUUGAUUGGAGAUAUAAUUAACGCUAUAAUAUCAUUAAUUUUGUGUUUUUAUUCUUUCCCCUAGGUCACUAAUGUUCAUACUCCUAAAUAUGUAAUUUCAUCUAUUGUUGGACUUCUUCCCACUCAAGCAUUAAACACAUACAUGGGAUCUACAUUCCGUUCAUUAGAGGAUGUUGUUCAAGAUCGCUCAGGAGGUUACAUCAUGCUCUUUGUUCAAUUUAUCAUUAGUAUACUGUUAAUGACCUAUGUGAUUCGCCGUGCAAGGAAAGAGUUAAAUAAGACAUGUGAUGAGAUGGAGCCUGAUAUUGAAGCAAAUGGUCAUGUAGUGACAGCCUUGCCAGAGCAGUUUCAACCUUUGGUAACAAAGAAUUUUGGAAGAGGCUUUGAUGAAGAAACACAGAUGGGAGAAAAGGUGUUUAUAGACAACAAAAUGAAGAAAGGGCACCAGAGGUCCAAAUCUGCAUCUGCCGUGUUAACUAUGAUCAGUGAAGUAAACAAAGGUGCCCAGACUCCAUAA